AUGGAUCACCUCUGGGCGCCCCUCCGGCCUGGUGUCGGCUCUCUCUGUCUCUUGCUCGCUGGAGCCGCCUGGGCUCCCCCACCCAACCCCCUGGACCCCAAGUUUGAAAGUAAAGCGGCUCUGCUGGCUGCCCGCGGGCCCGAAGAGCUUCUGUGUUUCACCGAACGGUUGGAGGACCUGGUGUGUUUCUGGGAGGAAGCGGCGAGCGCCGGGGUGGGCGCCGGCAACUACAGCUUCUUCUACCAGCUUGAGGGUGAACCAUGGAAACCGUGCAGCCUGCACCAGGCGCCCACGGCUCGCGGCGCUGUGCGUUUCUGGUGCUCGCUGCCCACGGCCGAUGCGUCGAGCUUUGUGCCCUUAGAGCUGCGCGUCACAGAGGUGUCCUCGGGCGCUCCACGCUAUCACCGUAUCAUCCACAUCAACGAAGUGGUGCUCCUGGACCCCCCCGCGGGGCUGCUGGCGCGGCGGGCCGACGAGGGCAGCCACGUGGUACUGCGUUGGCUCCCGCCUCCUGGAGCCCCCGUAGCAAGUCUGAUCCGCUACGAAGUGAAUAUCUCCUCAGGCAACGUCGCAGGGGGCCCUCAGAAGGUGGAAAUUCUGGAUGGCCGCACUGAAUGCGCACUGAGCAACCUUCGGGGCCGAACGCGCUACACUUUUAUGGUGCGCGCGCGUAUGGCUGAGCCGAGCUUCGGUGGCUUCUGGAGCGCCUGGUCCGAGCCUGCGUCGCUGCUGACAGCCAGUGACUUGGACCCUCUCAUCCUGACGCUCUCCCUCAUCCUCGUGCUCAUCUUGCUGCUGCUGGCCGUGCUCGCCCUGCUUUCCCACCGCCGGGCUCUGAAGCAGAAGAUCUGGCCUGGCAUCCCAAGCCCUGAGAGUGAGUUUGAGGGCCUCUUCACCACCCACAAGGGUAACUUCCAGCUGUGGCUGUACCAGAACGAGGGCUGUCUUUGGUGGAGCCCCUGCAGUCCCUUUGCAGAGGACCCGCCCGCCCCCCUGGAAGUCCUCUCUGAGCGCUGCUGGGGCGCGACACGGGCGGCGGAGCCAGGGGCCGAGGAGGGGCCCCUCCUGGAGCCGAUGGGCAGUGAACAUUCCCAGGACACCUACCUGGUGCUGGACAAGUGGCUGCUGCCUCGGAACCCAUCCAGCGGGGACUUCCCACGGCCUGAGGGCGGAUUGGACAUGGCAGCCAUGGACCAAGGCUCAGAAGCGUCUUCUUGCUCAUCUGCCUUGUCCCUGAAGCCUGGGCCCGAGGGGGCCUUGGGUGCCAGCUUUGAGUAUACCAUCCUGGAUCCCAGCUCCCAACUCCUGCGCCCAAGGGCACUGCCCCCUGAGCUGCCCCCCACCCCACCCCACAUAAAGUACCUGUACCUCAUGGUGUCUGACUCUGGCAUCUCAACUGACUACAGCUCAGGGGGCUCCCAGGAAGCCCCGGGGGACUCCUCCACGGGCCCUUACUUGAACCCUUAUGAGAACAGCCUCAUCCCAGCCACUGAGCCUGCCCCCCCGAGCUACGUGGCCUGCUCCUAGGACUCCAGCCCUCAGAUGCUUGGGGACCCAGCCUGACCUCCAGUGCUAGUCCAGGCCCUAGACUUACCAAGCAGGGUUGGUGAGGCCUCUCUCAGGACCAGGGGCGUUGCUAACCUCGGCUUUCUGCCCAAUUCAUCCUGCUCAGUACAACCUUGGAGUAUUUUAAAAUGUAUAGAGUUGUAUGAGUGUAUGUGUGUUCGUGUGUGUAUGUUUUUGUUGUUUUUUGGGUUCCCCCCUAUCGUGACUUCUACAAACGAGCUGUAAGCCCCAUCUUUGCCUGGGCCCAGGCCAUACUGGCAGCAGUAAAAGGCCUCGAGCUCAGUCUGGAAUUCUAGACCUGGUAAUAUGAAUAAUAAUCCUAGUAGAAUGAAUUAGUUGGUGUUAUCCUAGCUGCCGUAACAAACAGCUCCUAAAUAAGACUGCCUUGACCCAUUAAA